AUGGUACAUAGAAGAAGAAGAUCAAGAGUAUAUGAUCGCCUACCUCCACCACCUUCACAUGUCCCUCAUGUAUUUUCUCAAGUUUGCCGUCUUGAUCAAUCUAUAACUCAACAUCAAGCCAUCCUUCGCAAUAGUCAGAGGCGUAACCCUCCUUAUCUUGCCAUUUUCAUUUUUAAUACCCGAAAUGCAUUUGAUGGAUGGUAUCAGAGGGCAUUGAGGCAGAGUGGUAGAGUUUGCAGUGAAGAAAUUUAUAAUGAAUUUUUCCAGAUUGAACAACAGUGGGCUAAUUAUCGCCGCCAAAUCCGUAUAGAAUUAAAUAAUUAA